CAGGAUGCAGUUAACACCAUUCUGCCUGAUGCUGACCUGUCUUCAGGUCAACCCUGACAGGUCUCAGUUCUUCAGGUAUGACAACAUCUCUUUGAGCUGUGGCGAACAGUUGAACAACACUGGUUGGAAAGUGAAGAGGAAAACGCUCGCAGGGGGGACCAGACCCUGCUCCUCUGGCUGGGGCUAUGCCUCCUCGGGUUCGACUUGCAUCAUCGGACAAACCUACCCACCAGACAGCGGUGUGUACUGGUGUGAGUCUGUCAGUGGGGAGCAGAGCAAUGUGGUCAACAUUACCAUUACUGAUCAGCCUCUGAUUUUGGAGAGUCCUGCCCUUCCUGUGUCCGAGGGAGCCACUGUAACACUGCAUUGUACACCUGAGACAAAGUCCUUCAACCAGUUUUUUGAUUUCUAUAAAGAUGGCCACUGCAUCAAAAGGAACUCCACAGGAGAAAUCACCAUUAAAAGGGUUUCUAAAUCUGAUGAAGGACUCUAUAAAUGCAGCAUUUCAGGAGGUGAAGAAUCACUAGGCAGCUGGCUGGCAGUUGAUGCUUCAUCUCAGGAGUUUCCUUCAUCUACAUCUGCAGCUGAACCGGCCGCUCCCUGCUCUUUUUCUGUCUUAAGACUAGUAUUUCACCUGUUGGUGGGAACGCCUUACCUGGUGUCCACUGUUCUACUGGGGCUUAUAUACCGAGACAGGAGGAGAGCAGCUCAGAAUGCUGCAAAGAGAAUGAGCACGGAUCAUGUCAUCAUGGAAAUGGUUGUUUAACCAAACAAGCUGAUGAACAUGUACCACGGGGUGUCCUGAACGUGGGUAUUCAUUUUUCACCAGCUUUCAGUUGACAUUUGCCAGCAUUUAUCUGUGCAGGGCCAACGGGGACCGUAGUGUCAUUCAAAAAAAAAGAGCUGAGGCCUGCGCAAGUGGUCUGUUUGUAACACUUCUACAAACUGAGUCUUCUAAUAACUAAUGUUAUUGUCUUGCUGUAUUCUGCCACAGUAUUUCAUGUUUUGCAUUGUUAUUGUGUGUGUGCAAGCCCAUCACCAUGUUGUUUACUUUGUUUAUCAGGAAAACAGUAGUUACUAUCUGAAUAUCAGGAUAAUGUUUUAAUACGACUUCAUGUUCACUAACACUCGAGUAUAAACCUUGGUUUUUAUCUCAAAGGGUUUUUCCUGUCCUGAUGCCACUGCGUGUGCCUGCUGCGCAAUCUUUCUUCAUAUCUUACCACUUAUAGCCCUUUCAACAGUAUCUCAGGUCGACCUGAUGUGGCUCUAAUCGACUUUAAUCAUUUUCCAUUAAAAGGACCACUUAAUGUGCGUGAGGUCAUCAUAGCAAUGUGGACAAAAGACCCAUGACAUCAUUUGUAUGUGACGCCAACACCACAACAGGUUGAGGCGAUGGUUCACCUGCUUCGAUGUAUGACACCCGGUCAUUGGGGGCUAUUGAUGAGUUAGGCUCAGAGAGAAAGGUUUGAAUUCAGUUAACAUCCACUCAUUUGAAUGGAAUUUUUAUCUGUUUGGAAAACCAAAAUUGAAUAACCAGAGUGCAAAACGAUGCAUACUUAAUUUACUUUUUUAGCAUCUAGCUAAAACAAACCAUGGGUUAAUAACCCUAGAUGGGUCACCAGAGACCUGUUGAAUGUUAGGAGUUUAAAAAACAGAAAGUGCAAGUGUGUGUUUAGAGGAGACAAAGAUGUGUCUUAGUUUUUAUUCCUGUAAGGAGAUUUUUUUAAUCAAAUUUUUGUUUUUGGUUUAUUUUAAAACAGUGGUAAGGUUUUGAAUUAAUAUUUGAUAUGUUAGG